AUGAAACGCGCCGGUCCUGUUUUAUUCAUGGUGUUCACCGUUAAACUAGACGCCCAGAUGAUGCUUCCAGAACCAGGAACAAUGCGGCUAUGCAUAGGUAUCGCAGCCGCGUUGACUAUUCUUAUUCCUGUGAUAUACCAAGCCAUACCGAACGAGCACAAUUACAAGCCUGUGCGUUUGCUCUAUGAUGACGCUUUCUUAAGAAUGGAAACAAGACCUUCGAGCCACUUUCUUGAGGCUUUCCGGAAGGUGGCGCAUAACUCUACGGGUCCAACGCCAGCUUUCAGGAGCGGUGCCAUCCCGAAGUUCCUGCUGUGGUCGGAGCCCUUCAUUGCCAACUUCUGGAUGGCCCAGACCGAGGACGUGCGCAAAGGGCGAUGUCCGCUUCCUUGCGAGGUCACUUUCGACCAAAAGGAGAUAAGGAGCGCGGACGCCGUGCUCAUUUACAUCCGGUUUUUGCCGAAGCGGCCCCUGCAGCUGCCGGCGCUCGAGCCCCGCGACCCCCGGCAGCCCUGGAUCGCGCUCAGCUUCGAGGCGCCUCCGAGAGCCAACAAAAACUUCUACGACGACUUCCACCUCCUCAACGGCGCCUUCAACCGCACCAUGCUUUACCGGCGCGACGCUGAUGUGGUCGUGCCACACGGCUUCGUAGUCGGGCGCGGCGAGGAGGCCGACCUUCUGCCGGAAAUAUGGCAUGGCCCGCCUAUCUCUAAGAUCCCCUCCCGUGAGCGCAAAAUUGCGGUCGCUUUUAUUUCAAACUGCAAAGCUGAAAGCGGCCGCUUGGAAUAUACACGUAGUGUGCAACAAUACAUUUCUGUGGACAUUUAUGGAAAGUGCGGCCCCCUCAAGUGCGGCCACUCAAUGUACGUCCAACACAGCUUCGCCUUCGAAAACUCUUUGUGUAAUGAUUACGUCACAGAAAAACUUUACAACAUACUAUACUAUCCCAUAGUGCCAGUGGUUCUCGGAGCAGCUAAUUAUUCCACUCUGCUUCCACCCAAUUCAUUCAUCGACGCUCGGAGGUUCUCGCCCGUACAGCUAGCGACUUUGCUCCGCCGUCUGUCGCAGUCGCCAAAGGAGUACCAGAAGUACCACGAGUGGCGCCAGCAUUACCACGUAUCCCUGUGGGGGGGACAAAGAACCUUAUGCCACCUAUGCGUCCGCCUGCACGACCCCAGCUUCUACAGCACCCAUGUCGUCCACGAUUUCCAGCGUUGGUUUGUUAAUGAAUCUCAGUGCGGGUGGAAGUAACAGAGCGCCAGGUUGCUUUGUCGAUUUUUUGACGGAUUACAUUCUUAGCGCAGGUUGUCAGUUCUGUUGCUGGCGAAGAUGGACUUACCAUACACUUUAUAUGCUUGUGAGUGUAUACAUUAUACAUAAAUACAUACAAGCUACAGAGACAGACAGGCACGCAAACAGACGGAAACAGACAGACAGUCAGACAAACAAACAGACGGAAAGACAGACAAAGACAGAUGGCCGGUUUGUUAAAAUUACGAGGCCCGACCUCAUGAAUACUCAUGGGCGUGUAUAUACACGGAAAUAAAUGCUUACACAUCUG